AUGGCUACCAGUGAACCAUCACUCCCCAAAACCAUAAAGGCAAUCCAAUGGAUCACCGCUGGAAAGCCAUUCGAGGUCCUCUCCCUCAACGAGUCCGCUCCUCUACCCGCUGUCACUGGCGCCAACAUCCUGGUCAAAGUUCAUGCCUCGGCCCUCAACCCCGUGGACUGGAAGCUGAUGAGAGGAGGCAUCCCACAUCUGCUCAUGCCCAGGGUGAAAAUCCCCUGUCUAGAUAUUUCAGGCACAGUUGUAGCCAUUGGACCCAAGGCCGGCAAAAAGGUCCAAAUCGGCGACGAAGUCAUGGCGAUGCUCAAAUUCAACCAAUCUGGUGGGUUGACAGAAUACACGGUUGUCGAGGAGGCCCUGGUGACAAAGAAGCCCCAGCGGUGGUCGUUUGAGCAGGCUGCUGCUUGGCCCUUGGUAGCAACCACAGUCUGGGAAGCGCUUGUGGGCAAAGGAGGGAUCAAGCAGGGACACAAGGUCUUAGUCAUUGGCGCAAGUGGAGGCACUGGCACCGUUGGUGUACAGCUAGCCAAGGCUUUGGGCGCCUAUGUCGUCGGUGUCUGUUCCACUGCAAAUGUGCAGUUGGUCAAGGACAUUGGCGCAGAUGAAGUCGUCGACUACAAGACGACAGAUGUCACUGAAAAGUAUACAAACCAGGAUUUUGAUAUCGUCUUUGACACCGUCGGUUCUCCAGAGAUCUGGACAAAGAGAAGCACGAUCCUAAAGCGCAGUGGUAACCUGGUCCGCAUCGCCGCUGACGUUAAUGCCAUGGACACACCCCUCCAUCUAAUUUACACAGGCGCAGGCAUUGCCAGCCACAAAUUGAUUUCGCUGUUGCAGUGGGGUCCAGGAUAUCACUUGUUCAAUGUAUUUCCAGAUGGCAACGUACUCGCCAAGGUGGUCAAAGUCUUGGAUGAGGAUGCAAACGUGGAUCCGAUCAUUGAUUCUGUCUACAAAUUCACGCUUCCUUCUGUGCUUGCUGCCUUUGAAAAGAGUCAGUCGAGAAGAGCGAGGGGCAAGAUCGUUGUCAAGAUCGCUUAG